CUGUCCAUCAACACAAUGAGCUUUUGAUCAUCCACAUGGACAACAUCCAUCGGUGGAGGGCCAAAAGGGUUGCCCUCCAAUGUAAGGCUGCCUGACCACAUGCGCCGUGAGCAACCUCGUGACUCGUACCAUACAACUAUUUUCAUUAUUCAUGUUGGUAAAUAUAUACAUAUAAAUUCAUAUUGCCAAAAAGUCCUUCAAAUUCAGCUAGUCUAUAUCCUAAGCAUUUAUUACCAGCCAGAUUUCUUGCAAUUAAUGCUUUUAAUACUUUCAUAUGCCAUUGAAUGCAUUCUCAUUUGCUUAAAAUCAUAUUAAAUGUUAAAAUCAUAUGAAUUACUAAUGAACCAAACCCUCCACAUCUCAAUAUAUAUAUAUGUAUAUAUCUUGAGGCAAGAAAAUUCCACACUAUAUAGAGUUGACAAAUACAUAUAUCUAUAUCUCUUUGAUUUUCUCUCUAGUACCUACCCAUGACAAGAAAGAAAGUGAAGCUUGCAUACAUAAAAAACGAUGUUGCAAGGAAAGCCACCUUCAAGAAGAGGAAGAAAGGGCUAAUGAAGAAGUUGAGUGAGCUGAGCAUACUGUGUGGAAUAGAGACUUGCACAAUUAUUUGCAGCCCUUAUGAGAAAAAACCUGAGGUAUGGCCAUCAACCAUGGGAGUCCAUAAAACACUAGCAAGGUUCAGGAAGAUGCCGGAGUCGGAUCAAAGCAAAAACAUGAUGAGCCAAGAAAGCUAUCUGAGGAAAAAUAUAGAGAAAAUGGAGGAGCAAUUGAAGAAGCAACACAAGGAGAACCACGAGAAGGAAAUCGAACAGAUGAUGUAUCAGAGCUUGGCUGGAGACAAAUUGAUAAAAGCCAUGACCAAUGUGGAGUUGAAUGAAUUGGGAAAGUUGGUUGAGAAAAAUAUUAUGGAAAUUGGGGAGAAGAUUGAGUCGCUCAAGAAGAUCAUGCGUACACCUCCUCCUCCUCCUCCUCCUCCUCAAAGGUUGAGGACAAAGUUACAGAUUCUAAGAGCUCGUCAACAUGUUAAUUAAAGAGGAAAUUAACCUUGCUGAGGGUGUUGGCCAUAUGGCUUUUUGUUAAUGGAGCUGCUGUUAUAAUUUAUGAAAAAAUUAGGACAAUGGUUCUUAGGCGCAAGAAUGAAUUAUUUGUGCUUUGAUUUA